AAUCAAACGGCCUGGAAAGCGGUGACCUUUUCAUCAGUGAUACAGACAGUCACUGGUGAAAUACUGCCUGUUCAUUUGCAUUCAGAGUUUGAUUGCUGGGCGGCUUUUCUCUUUUAGUGCAUCUCUAUCCUGUCUGAGGAAUGUUUUCUGUAUAAGAUGAUGUGUUUUAGUAUGUUCUUUGUGUGUGUGUGUGUGUGUGUGUGUGUGUGUGUGUGUGACCUGUCAUGCUCUCCUCCCCCCGUGGAGUCUCCUCCUCCUCCCUCCUGUCACUCGGGACGUCCCGUGUCUGUCCUGACCCCUCCCUCCCUCCCUCCGCUGUGAGGAUCAGUGGCUGUGAAUGAGAGAGUCACAGUCAUCGGGUGUCUCACACUCCUCAUCCACACUCAUUCUUCCUCUGACGCACCUGUGUGGACGUCUGGAUCCUCUCAGCUCACCUGAAACUCACAGAACACAGACUUUCCUGAACUGAGGGUCUGGGGUGAAGACGUCUGAUGUCCAGGAGGAAACACAAACAGCACAGUCAUGGUCAUUCUACAGCAGGGCGACUAUGUCUGGCUGGACCUGAAGACAGGUGGGGAGUUUGAGGUCCCGGUCGGAGCCGUGGUGAAGCUCUGUGAUUCUGGUCAGAUCCAAGUCCUGGAUGAUGAAGGAAGUGAACACUGGAUCUCUCCGCAAAAUGCCACCAACAUCAAGCCGAUGCACCCCACCUCCAUCCACGGGGUGGAGGACAUGAUCCGACUGGGGGAUCUGAACGAGGCGGGAAUCCUCCGGAACCUUCUCAUCCGCUACAGAGAACAUCUCAUCUAUACUAACUGUGGUGGUCGGACAUACACCGGGUCUAUCUUAGUAGCUGUGAACCCGUAUCAGCUGCUGCCCAUCUAUACAGCAGACCAGAUUCGCCUCUACACCAACAAGAAGAUCGGAGAAAUGCCUCCACACAUCUUCGCCAUCGCCGACAACUGCUACUUCAACAUGCAACGCAACAACAAAGACCAGUGCUGCAUCAUCAGUGGUGAGUCUGGAGCAGGAAAAACAGAAAGCACCAAGCUGAUUCUGCAGUUUCUGGCUGCUAUCAGCGGGCAGCACUCCUGGAUCGAGCAGCAGGUGCUGGAGGCCAAUCCCAUCUUAGAAGCCUUUGGGAACGCUAAAACCAUCCGUAACGACAACUCCAGCCGCUUCGGGAAAUACAUCGACAUCCACUUCAACAAAAGAGGAGCCAUAGAGGGAGCAAAGAUCGAGCAGUACCUUCUGGAGAAAUCCAGAGUGUGUCGACAGGCCCGUGAUGAGAGAAACUACCACAUUUUUUACUGUAUGUUGAAAGGAAUGACGCCUGACCAGAAGAAGAAGCUGGGCUUGGGUAAAGCCACAGACUACACCUACCUUACUAUUGGAAACUGCACUGUUUGUGACGGUCGAGAUGAUCAGAAGGAAUAUUCAAACAUCCGUUCAGCCAUGAAGGUCCUCAUGUUCACAGAAAAGGAGAACUGGGAGAUCUGUAAGCUGCUGGCUGCUAUUCUGCACAUGGGCAACCUGAACUAUGAGGCUCGCACAUAUGAUAAUUUGGACGCCUGUGAGGUCGUGCGAUGCUCAGAUCUCACCACUGCUGCUGUUUUAUUAGAGGUGGACUUGAAGGACCUGAUGAACUGCUUGACCAGCCGAACCAUAAUAACCCGUGGAGAGACGGUUUCCACUCCUCUGAGUAUUGAGCAGGCGCUGGACGUGCGAGACGCUUUCGUUAAGGGCAUAUACGGACGCCUGUUUGUGUGGAUUGUUGAGAAAAUCAAUGCAGCCAUUUAUAAGCCUCCGUCCCUGGAGCUCAAAGCAGUGCGGAGAUCCAUCGGCCUGCUCGACAUUUUCGGCUUUGAGAACUUCACUGUUAACAGCUUUGAGCAGCUGUGCAUCAACUUUGCCAAUGAAAACCUGCAGCAGUUCUUCGUCCGUCAUGUUUUCAAACUGGAGCAGGAAGAAUAUAACCUUGAGAACAUAAACUGGCAGCACAUUGAGUUCACAGACAACCAGGACGCUCUGGACAUGAUCGCCAUAAAGCCCAUGAAUAUCAUCUCUCUCAUCGACGAGGAGAGCAAGUUUCCCAAGGGCACAGACACCACCAUGCUGAACAAACUCAACUCUCAACACAAACUCAACACCAAUUACAUUCCACCUAAAAACACGUAUGAAACACAGUUCGGCAUCCAGCACUUUGCUGGUGUGGUCUACUAUGAAACCAGAGGUUUUCUGGAGAAGAACCGAGACACGCUGCACGGUGACAUCAUUCAGCUCGUCCACUCCUCCAAAAACAAGUUCAUCAAGCAGAUCUUUCAGGCGGACGUUGCUAUGGGGGCGGAGACCAGAAAGCGUUCGCCGACCCUGAGCAGUCAGUUCAAGCGCUCUCUGGAGCUGCUGAUGCGCACACUGAGCGUCUGUCAGCCGUUCUUCGUCCGCUGCAUCAAACCCAACGAGUUCAAGAAACCCAUGCUCUUCGAUCGUGAACUGUGUUUGGGUGAUGUGUGGUGUUAUGUGAUGUUUUGUGGGAUGUUGGGGAUUAUCCGGGCCGGAUACCCCAUCCGCUACACUUUCGUUGAGUUUGUGGACAGAUACCGUGUUUUGAUGCCUGGAGUGAAACCUGCUUACAAACAGGAGGACCUGAGAGGAACCUGUCAGCGUAUCGCUGAAGCCGUUUUGGUUUUUGGUGGUGAUUGUGAGUGGGGAAUGGGAAGGUAUUAUAUAUUCUUGAAGGACCAUCAUGACAUGCUGCUGGAAAUCGAGAGAGACAAGGCCAUAACUGAUAAGGUCAUUCUCAUUCAGAAAGUUGUGCGAGGAUUCAAGGACAGAUCCAACUUCCUGAAGAUGAAGAAAUCAGCCAUGUUGAUCCAGAAAACAUGGAGGGGUUAUUACUGUCGGAAGAACUAUGGAGCGAUGCGCGGUGGUUUCUCACGUCUGCAGGCGUUGUAUCGCUCUCGCAAACUCUACCAGACGUACCACAUCGCACGACAGAGAAUCACUCUUUUCCAGGGCCGCUGCAGAGGACACCUGGUGCGCCGGGCGUUUCGACACCGCCUCUGGGCCGUCAUCACCAUCCAGGCGUAUACGAGGGGCAUGAUCGCCCGCCGACUCUACAAAAGACUUAAAGGAGAGGUGAGAACACCUGGAUUUAUUUCUCCAGUGUGUGAUUUUUUUCCUCAGGACCUGGAGCGAACGCACAGGGAGCUCGAGGAGGAAGACCUGGAUGAAGCUCUUCCUCUCCCAGAGGAUGAUGUGGAAGAUUUGUCAGAGUACAAAUUUGCCAAGUUUUCGGCCACGUAUUUCCAGGGCACGACCACACACAGUUUAUCGACGCGGCAAGCGAGUCAAGAUCUCCUGGCAUGACCAAGAUCUACGAGCAACGCUUCGUUGGCACAAGCGAUGACCUUUAUGAGAUUGAUGGGUGAUCUUCAGGAGACCUAAUAGAGAGAGGUGAUCAGCGACGGCAGCGAGAAGAUCCCUGUCAUGACCAAGAUCUACGAGACACUCGGCAAGAAACGAAGCAGUGUGCGGCACAGCUGUAUGUCUGCUCACAACAAGAAGAGCAGUGUGCGUCACAAGCUGGUGUCGCUCACCCUGAAGAAGAAGUCCAAGAUUAAAGCUGAGUCUCUGUGUGUCGGCUGCUUCGCUCCCUCUGAGAAGUUUGUGAAGUACUUGAGGAACUUCAUCAGUGAAGGUCCUCCGGGUUACGCUCCCUACUGCGAGGAGAGACUGAGGAGAACGUUUGUAAACGGAACAAGAACACAGCCGCCCUCCUGGCUAGAGCUUCAGGCCACGAAAUCAAAGAAGCCGAUAAUGCUGCCUGUGACGUUUAUGGACGGAACCACAAAAACCCUGUUGACGGACUCAGCGACCACAGCCAUGGAGCUCUGCAACGCGCUGUCCGACAAGAUCAGCCUCCAGGAUCGGUUUGGCUUCUCCCUGUACAUCGCUUUGUUUGAUAAGGUUUCGUCUCUGGGCAGCGGUAGUGAUGUAGUGAUGGACGUGAUGUGUAUGAGUUGUGUGAGUGUUAGGCUGUAGGGUAGGGCGCGCAGGAGCGCAACGCCCCCUGGUAUCUGUUUCUUCAGGAAGUGAGAUAUUCACUUCCGGGCCCGUGGCAGACCCGAACUGGAGGACCAGUCUCCGGACCCGACGGAGGACAGCGUCGCUACCAACCUCAUCUACCAGCAGAUCGUGCGCGGCGUCAAGUUCGGCGAAUACCGCUGUGAUCGGGAGGAUCUGGCGGAGCUGGCGUCGCAGCAGUAUUACGUGGACUACGGCUCUGAGAUCCUUGUGGAGCGCCUUUUGAGUCUUAUUCCAUCCUACAUUCCCGACAGAGAGAUCAGCUCGGAGAGAUCAGCUGGAGAAAUGGGCGGCAUCUACACCCAGAAGAGGGUGGACCCUCAGAAAGUGAAGGAGGAAGUUGUGGAAUUUGCUCGUUAUAAGUGGCCUUUGUUAUUCUCAAGAUUCUAUGAGGCCUUUAAAUUUUCAGGUGUUUUUUCACAAAUUAUGAUCAGAGGGGCAUGGUGGUUACGUUACUUGGUGGUCACCUUCCUAGAGGGGCUCAGGAAGAGAUCCAAGUUUGUUGUGGCCUUGCAGGACAACCCCAGUCCAGGUUAGAGAGAAGGACACAAACACAUCAUAUCAAUGGACCUUUAUACUUUUCUUCGGCUGGCUCCAAUUCUGUUGGACCAGGACACGGGCGAGCAGGUCAUGACGUCCGGCUGGGCUCACGGGAUCAACGACAGAACCAAACAGAGAGGAGAUAUCGUGGCUUUGGUUACCAUGACACCAGACCAGCGGCAGGAGUCGAUCCGGAUUUCCCACGUUCCUGUAAUGGAGACGGAGGAGAGGAUAAAGCCGUACACGCUGGAGGAAUUCUCCUAUGACUACUUCAGGCCUCCUCCCAAACACACGCUCAGUAGAGUGAUGAUCACCAAGAACCGCGGGAAGGACAAACUGUGGUGCUGCACACGAGAACCCAUCAAACAGGCCUUGCUGAAGAAGUGUGUGGGCCAUGAGGAGCUGUCCCAGGAGGCCUGCAUGGCUUUCAUUGCUAUAAUGAAAUAUAUGGGCGAUUAUCCGUCCAAGCGGACGCGGUCUGUGAACGAGCUCACAGAUCAGAUCUUCGAGACUGCGCUGAAGGCAGAGCCUCUAAAAGAUGAGAUCUUCUGCCAGAUCAUCAAACAAAUGACUGAAAACCAUGUCAAGUACAGUGAGGAGAAGGGCUGGGAGUUGCUCUGGUUGUGUGCCGGUCUCUUUCCUCCCAGUAACGUCCUCUUACCUCACGUCCAGAGGUUUCUACAGUCGAAGAAACAUCAUCCGCUGGCGUCUGACUGCAUGCAGAGACUGCAGAAAGCUUUACGGAAUGGUUCCCGCAAAUAUCCGCCGCACCUUGUGGAGGUGGAGGCUAUUCAGCACAAGACCACACAGAUCUUUCACAAAGUCUACUUCCCCGACGACACUGAUGAGGCGUUUGAGGUGGAGUCCAGCACGAAGGCCAAAGACUUCUGUCUGAACAUCUCCGGCAGACUGCUGCUCAAAUCACCCGACGGCUUCAGUCUGUUUGUCAAGAUCUCUGAUAAGGUGAUAAGUGUACCUGAGGGUGAUUUCUUCUUUGAUUUUGUCCGCCAUUUGACAGACUGGAUCAAGAAAGCGAGACCUGCUAAAGAUGGUAUAGUGCCAUCAUUGACCUACCAGGUGUUUUUCAUGAAGAAGUUGUGGACGACCACCGUUCCAGGCAAAGACUCCUUCGCAGACUCCAUCUUCCAUUAUUAUCAGGAACUUCCCAAGUAUCUGCGUGGAUAUCAUAAAUGCUCCAGAGAAGAGGUUUUCCAGCUCGGCGCUCUGAUCUACCGGGUCAAAUUCGAGGAUGACAAAUCCCACUUUCCCAGCAUUCCCAAGAUGCUGAAGGAGCUGAUUCCUCAGGACCUGAUUCGCCAGCUCUCGCCCGACGACUGGAAAAGGUCGAUCGUGGCGUACUUCAACCGACAUCCUGGGAAGUCAAGGGAGGAAGCCAAGCUGAUGUUUCUGAAGAUCAUUUUCAAAUGGCCCACGUUUGGCUCAGCCUUUUUUGAAGUGAAGCAAACCACGGAGACACACUUCCCUGAGAUCCUGUUGAUAGCCAUCAAUAAAUAUGGAGUCAGUCUGAUCGACCCCAAGAACAAGGAUAUUUUAACCACGUAUCCCUUCACUAAGAUCUCCAACUGGAGCAGCGGGAACACGUACUUCCACAUCACUAUCGGCAACCUGGUUCAGGGCAGCAAGCUUCUGUGCGAGACGUCACUGGGCUACAAGAUGGACGACCUGUUGACGUCCUACAUCAGCCAGAUGCUGACCACCAUGAGCAAGCAGCGCAAUUCACGCGGCCACAGCAAGUGAACGUUUGAUUGGCGUGAGGCGGCGGAGCUGGUGCGUCUGCUGCGGCCUAUUGGACGGCCGUGCAGCUGGGGGCGGGCCUUCGCGUCCCAGCUGUGGCGAAUGAGCCGCACCCCCUCUGCCAGCUCCCAGGGCUCCGUGCGUCCUGAUGAAGACUCUUCAUCUGCCUCCAGUGAGGAUGACUACCUCUGAGCAAAGCUCCUGUCUCCUGUUGAGAAAUGGCAUGUGAAGAGCCGGAUUCAUGUGUCUUUUGUUGGAUGUUUUGCUCUGUUUUAAUGCACAAUUUAGGUACCAUUUACUAAGUUUUGUAAAAUGCAGCCUCGUCGAUUAUGGACUGGAAUGGCUUUGCUACAUGCAUCCUGAAGCAUUAUUUAUGUGGUAAUCUCUGUAAAAGGGCUAAGAAAAAUACUUGCAUGAGUUUUUAACGGCAGCAAA